AUGAGGGUCGACUUCCGCGGACUAAAGUGUGCCACGGCGCUCCGUGCUGGGAUCAAAGCUGCGAUGUACGAAAGCAGCUGCUCAUACGCUGGAGCCCUGGAACUGAAGCGAAGCGCCCUGAAGGAGGAGCCCUGGCCGGCGGCAGAAUGGCCUCCGUACCGUCUCCAUCAGUCUACUUUCGAGCAGCUGAAGCAGAGCGUGGAGAAAGCGAAGGCCGCCCUGCAAGACAGGUCUGGACUGCUGGGCACGGCCACGGCGUUCGGUGACUUUUACGGGGGCCAGCUGGGUCAGGAUGCGUCCAGCACAACCCUCGGCUUCGCCAGGACAUCAAGGACGGACGAAUCCAUGCUGGGAUCAAUAGACAAGAACAAAAUCGGUUCCGAAAAGAUUGCAAGUGGCCUCGGCAAAGGUUAUUCUACGCCCACACUAUCUGACACACUGCGCGCUACAAAAUGCACAGCUAACACGAGCGCAAAUGCUAUC